UCAGUAGUCAUUGCUGUCGCAAGAUUUACCAAUUUAAAAUCUUUUUAAAAACCAAACUUUCCAUCCGUCCAGCUUUAGAUUGUCUAAACUUCUCAAGCGAACCACAUAAAGAUGAAUUUUACCAUCCGCCUAAGCGUUAUGCUGGCUAUUUUGAUUGGCCUCUCGGGCAACGCAAGAGCCGACUUGAAUAGAGAUGAUGUUAAUAGGCUUCAGGAAUUGCUUCAAGUUCUGCCAGGGACUAAUCCGGAUAUGCAAAUGCAGAUGGCCACGCUGAUUUGUCAAUACCGAAAGGGCAAUUCAGAUAUGGGUGAAAUUAAUGGAUACAUCCUCCGACUGCGAGAACUGCUCCUAGUUCACCCAGGUACUGAUCCGGACACCCAGAUGCAGAUUGUAAACCAAAUUUACGAGAUGUGCAGGGGUCAGGGAUCAGUACUCGAUGUGGACGGUAGGUGCCUUGGUGGUCUAUCUGAUUUGAUAAUCCAGGCAAGGAAUAUAAACUGGAUACAGAAGUAUAUAAGAGAACAUUAAAAGGGCAAGUGUUGUUGGUUUAAAUAAAUGCAAGCAAACAACACAAAUAGAAGAUAAGCAAAUGUAUAUUUCGAUAAGCACAUUGACUUAUUUCAGCCGAAAUAAAAACGGGUUCGAAAACAAAACCUAUAA